AUGGCCGCUGACCACACCUUGCCCGUUGACGAGUUUAACGUCGCCACCUUCACUUACAAAGUGAUUCAUGAGCAACCUAUUUUUCUUGAUCUAUUUGUUCCCAAGACUCUACCAUUUGGUGAACGUCCGGUCCUCAUUCGGUUUCACGGCGGGUUUCUUGUCUACGGUAGCCGUGACAAUCUACAACUUACACCCCCCAGGAUCCUUGAAUAUGCUCUUGAGAACAACUUGAUUUUGGUCUCUUGUGACUACAGAUUAAUCCCAGAGAGUAAUGGGUUAGAUAUUCUUGAAGACAUUGAAGAUGUCUGGUCUUGGGUUCAGAAUAGCUUGAACGAGGCUAUGGGAACGAUGACGAAUGGGAAGAGCGGCGCAGACCUACAGAGGGUCUUGCUCGCUGGCGAGAGUGGAUACCUUGCACUGCAACUUGCCUUGCGUCAUCCAACUGCGUUCCGAGCUGUUAUUGCAAGUUACCCAAUGAUCGAUAUGCGAAGCGACCAUUUCUGCAAAGCCUACCCGAAAAUCGUCGGCCAAUAUCCACAAAUCGAUUAUGAACUCGUGUCUCAGCAUCUCAAGCAGCUUCCAGACGGGAGUCAGCCAACAACCAGAGGAAUCUCAACUCUGCCAAUCGCAAUGGUACAGCACGGUACAUACACCAGUUUCUUUGGUGACCACCGAAGCCUGUUUCCGAUAGAACAGUUGGAGGAUAACCCGCAGUUGGCGCUGCAGCUUCCUUUCAUUUGGUUGCAUCAUGGUAACGAUGAUAGCGAAGUUCCGAUCGAGGGUAGUAGGAAGUUUGUUACGAAGCUGCGAGAGCUUAACCCAAAGACCAAGCUACGAUAUACGGAGCUUGAAGGGGCAGAGCACGGAUUUUGGAGCGAGAUAAGCCUGAUUCAAUCCGGCGAGUGGGAAGAUGGAGUCAAGGUUUUAAACACAUAUCUUUAA